AUGUUGUCCAAUCAAAAUACUGAAUUGAAAAGUGCCAAUGUUAAAUUAACUUUAGAGAAGGCAAGAUUACAAAAAGAAAUUAGCAAGUUGAAAGACGAUAAAUUCGCCGAAUAUCUUAUGUUAAUGAGAGAGCGAGACGCACGAUACACCUUAUACCAUGAGAAUUUGACCCUCGAAUUGAAGAUCAAGGAGCUGAUGAAUUCUGCAGAGUGCCACCAAGAGCGUGGCGAUCCAGUAGUGCUCCGAAUCGCUCUGGACCGUUGCCGGGAGCAGCUGUCGGCUACACAGGGCAAGCUGACUAGAAUGACCGAGGAGUACUCGGAGACGGUGCCGCGACGCCAGUACGACGCUCUGGAGAACGGCCACCUGGAGCUGGGCAAGAAGCUGGACGCGCUGAGGACUGAGUAUGAGGCGCUGGAGAGCAGCUACAGACGCUUGGCAGCACAAAAGAAAAGCCUCCAGGAAGAAUUGGUAGAGAUCAAGGAAAGAUGCCGUGAGUUGGAGAGAGCUGGUACCCCACGCCCGCAGUGGGAACUCUGCGCCGACUUUAUUGGCGGUGGAAGAGAUAGAUGGUGGCAACUGGCAGGAGGCCUAUCCUCUAGGAAAAUUCUGAUGGUGCUGCUGAAGGAGCUAGGCCCCGCCGCGGAAACAGAACAUCUGGAGUAUUUCGACGGACUCGUAAUAUUACUUAAAACACUCAAACAUUGUAGUAAAGUUAAAGUUAACGAAUUAAAAAUUUCAAAUGACACUGCAAUCCCAAAACAGGGUACAGAUCCAGCGAUACCGCCGUACUUACGUUACGAGGGAAAAGUGCGGAACCUGCGCUUGUCACGACGCGAGAUCAGCGUCGUAGUCAACGACAUUUGGAGCAGCAAGUUGCAGAAAGACCGCGACACCCCCAUGCAGGAGUACGUCACCCGCUACUUCGAGGAGAGGUGGGUGCUGGUGAUGAGUGCUGACGCUGGUGGACUUGCCAAUCAAUGCAAGGUGGGGGGCGGUGGGGGGCGCAGGUACGGGCAGGCGUCGGUGCGCGCCGAGUGGGCGUACAGCGUGUGCGCGGGCGCAGAGCAGGCGCUGGACGAGCCGUCGCUGCGCCUCUUCUGGGGCGCGCUGCGAGGCCGCCUCUGCCAGCGCGUCUACUGGGCGCACCGGCGGCAGUGCGCCGCGCUCAGCGGCGCCCUGCGGGCCAGGGCCACGACUCGUCUCCAGACCGUGACGAUGGAGGAGUUCCAGAAGGUGGCCAAAGCUACGUUCCCCCUGAAGAGCGAGGUCGACAUCAACAAUCUGGCGGACGUCGUUCGCAAACAGCUCAAAAUGAAGAUCAAUCAGAACGUGAUCGACCUAGAUAAACUGUUCUAUGAGAACGAGGAAGGCUUCGACCGGUUGGAUAUCGCCAGGGAACUGUUCAGGCAGAAGCAAAUGGCGCAGGACAAAUACAUCCGUGAAAUCAUAGCGGAAUUAGGCGGGAGGCGCGCGCUCAACAAGCUGAUCAGUGUUGACAACCUAAAACGCGCCUUUGCUAUCGUCGAUCCGGCCAUCGACCACAUCCGAAUGGAGAGCAACAUCCGCUGGGCAUUCUCUGACGAGACGUCGGAGCUGGGCAGCAUCUGUCCAGUCCCGCUGCGCACUUUAGUGGCCAGGCUGGCGGCGGGCAACAUCGAACGGGUCGGCCCCCGCCACAGACGGACCUACCACAGA